GACAUCGUGGCCGCUGGGUUCGCUGGGCUCUUAUCCUCUUGAAUACUCACGAUCUCUAAUCAAAAUUCGGCUAGGGUUCCUGACUGCCCGUCUCUCCGCCUCCGCCGCAUCUCCGUUCCCUGACGCUCGUCCUUCAUCGCCGGUCACCGCUCGUCGGUCGUCGGUCGUCGGCCCAAGCAAGGCGAAGGCGAGCCUCCUAUCUUCGGCUGACUGCGGUUCCAUUGAGGGCUUCCUUGUUUCUUGGUAGCAGGAGACAGGAAACGGCAGCAAGAAAAAAGGGCAUCUAGGGUUUGGAUUCCGAUGGCUUCUCAUUCCCAUCUGGACGAUGAGGAUGAUUUCGGAGGAGAUUUUUCUGGAAGCCACAGCAGUGGUAGACGCACAGGUGAUAAAAGAACUUUCGGAGAUCUCGAUGAAGAGGAGGAUGAUGUAUUUGGCCCUAAGAAGGGAAAAUCAAGGGUCGAAGAAAGUGGACCUGGUGCAGCCACGGGGAUGAUUUUGUCUCUACGUGAAAGUCUGCAGAACUGUAAAGAUAACCUUGCAACAUGCCAGGCAGAGUUAGAAGCUGCAAGAUCAGAGAUUCAGAAGUGGCAUUCUGCAUUUCAGAACGGGCCAACGACACCUGCAGGCAUAUCUCCAGAACCUGGAUUGGUGGUAACUUAUCUCCAGAAUUUGAAGACUUCUGAGGAGUCUUUAAAAGAACAGGUUUGUCAUAUGUUGCUCUUAAAAUUGCCUAGGUGCAGCUCAGUAUAUUAUGUUUUUGUGUUGUUUAUUGCUUCUCAGUUAGAGAAAGCAAAGAAAAGGGAGGCUGCAUUUAUAGUUACAUUUGCAAAACGAGAGCAGGAAAUUGCGGACUUGAAGUCUGCAGUUCGGGAUUUGAAGACACAAUUGAGACCGCCAUCGAUGCAGACUAGGAGGUUAUUACUUGAUCCAGCAAUACAUGAGGAGUUUACACGUUUAAAGAAUUUGGUUGAAGAGAAAGAAAAAAAAAUUAAGGAGUUGCAAGACAAUGUUGCUGCUGUCAAUUUUACUACAUCCAGCAAGCUAGGACAGAUGUUGGUGGCCAAGUGUAGAACCUUGCAGGUGGAAAAUGAGGAGAUUGGCGCCAUGGCUUCUGAAGGAAAAAUCCACGAGUUGGGAAUGAAAAUUGCUGUGCUAAAAUCUCAAAAUGCUGAGCUUAGAAACCAGUUUGAUGCACUGUACAAACAUAUGGAAGGGCUAACAAAUGAUGUGGAGAGAUCAAAUGAAAUGGUAUAUAUUUUGCAAGAGAAGCUAGAAGCAAAGGACUGUGAGCUGAAAAAGUUGAAGGAAAUGCUAUCGCAGAAAGAAACAACACAGGAAGGAGAUGAAUCUGCUGAUGAAAAGAAAGCAAUCCAUGAUGCAGAGUCUGCAGAAGUUGAGGCUUGAGAAUAUUUACUCUUGGUUUUUAAAUUCCAAGUAUUUCAAAAGGCUGUGGUUGAGAUUUGUCAAGAAACUAGUUCUCCCCUCCAGUUCAUGGUUGUAUCUGCGAAGUUGAUUCCUUAACGUCAAAUCUUAAAUAUUUACUGGCGGACCCGUGAGCUGAUAUUUAUUCUUGCCAGGGGAUAUGUUCCCGGUGGAUUCUUGUCUGCCAGUCACCGGUGAUCAUUAUCCAUGCUUUAUAUGUUGGUUUUAGUUAAAACUUUCCCAAUUCACAAGAUGAUAAAGAUGAAGUAAUUGUAUAUGGCUUGUGUUCUGCACGAGGCGUUACGCGCCUAUGAUUAUCCUGUAUUGGGAUAAAUUUUUAACGUGGCGAAAUGUACAGAGAGUUCAAAUUACAUGGGCCAGAAAGACGGGGCCUGCAGGUGUUAUGUUACUAUUGGUGUUUUAAUUUUGGCUGAAUUUUUUUACUUACUAAUCAUUGCUGAUUGAGAUGACAAGUAAUUAGUUACUCAUUAUUUAUUAUUUAUCCUAGGAGUACUGCUGGAUUUCACAUGAUACUAUGAGUUGUGAUAA